AUGCCCCAGGACUUCUUGUCGCUGUGGGAGCUCGUGGAGGAGCACGUUCCGCUCCCGGAGCGGCCCGAAGUGAAGAGGGUUCUGGGGGAGGCGGCGGUGGACCUGAGCCUGGAGCUGCGGGCGGAGGUGGCGAUGCUGCGGGCACUGCUCCAAGAGGCUCGGUCCUCCCGAGUCCCUGGCUCCCACCCCAUCUCUGACCCUGCCUCCCUUCUGGCCCCGCCGCCCCUCCUGCGGGAGCUCGUGCGCCAGGAACUCCGGCAGCUGCUCCAAGGUCUCCGCCACAAGGCCAUCUGCGAGGGCAGGGACCAGGCGCAGGCUUGGGUCCAAUAUAGCCCCCGAGUCCUGCGCUUUGCCUUGGAGGAUCCCAGAAGUGAUUUGCCAGAACAUGAAACGUUGCAGCUAAGAGCCGCUGAGCCCAGCAGCAGUCACAGGGACAUCAACGUCAUCAAGGACCAGCUGAAUGUGUCCAACAUCGACCAGGUUGCUGCACACUUGAGGGGCCUCCUGGAGGAGGAGUGUCGCACCUUGGAGAGAGAGAUCCCCAUCCUACAGCACUGCCUGGAAGAGGAGCUUGCGCGGGCCUGCCAGCCCUCCAAGGCAGCCCUGGAGCCCACCCUGGCAGAGCUAAAGGAACAGAAGAAGGCCAUGAAACGGGAGCUGCAGCUCCCUCUGGAGCCUCCCCGUGUCUCCCCCAACCACAGGCGGCCACCCCCGGAGCCCUCCAGUCGGUGCCUCGGGCCCUGUGCUCCGCUCCGCAGUGCUGGCGCUGGGGGCGCGCAGGCUGUGCCUCUCCAGGGUCACCUGCCCACACCACCUCCGGAGCGCUGCCCACGACCCCGAGGCCAGGCCGCCUUCCACCGCUGGGGACGGCAGCUUCAGUGCAGUCCCAGGCCGCAGCCAGCUUCCACGCCAGUGUCCAGCGCAGCACCCCAGACCUCAACCUGA